AUGAAUAUAAUCUAUGCUACCCAGAAACGAGCGUUGUUAUUACACUACGCUGGCCCAGAUGUUGACGAUAUUUUUGAAACACUACCCGACACGGGUGAAGACAAAGAUUAUAAAAAAGCCGUAGAAUGUUUAAACACGUAUUUCGUUCCGAAAGUCAACAUGGUCUACGGGGAAUAUCAAUUUCAUCAGGCGAAACAGCGCUCGAAUGAAAACCUAGCUUCGUAUCAUACCCGGCUUAGACAGCUUGCCAAACACUGCGGUUUUGCUGACGUUGACAAAGAAAUUCGCACACAAAUUGUCUUCAGCUGUACCUCUCACAAGCUUAGACUACGUGCCCUUCGCGAGGACCUCAGUCUUACAGCCCUUCUCGAAGCCGGUCGUGUAGCUGAGAUCACAGAUCGACAAGCCAGAGACAUUCAACCUACCAGUACUGACCAAAGCGUCAAUGCCCUUCCCUCACGUAGCAAACCAUAUCCUGUCCACCCGGAUCAACAUGAUCCGCCCCACACUCCCAACAAUCAACGAACACACACUCAUUCCCUCUGUCGAAAUUGCGGCGGACCGUUUCCUCAUGCUAUUUCCUACCCUGCCAACGGGAAAACGUGUCGUUCUUGUGGCAAAAAUGGACAUUUUGCCAAAGUUUGUCGCUCAAGACGCCAGCAGCGCCCUCGUUUUGUCCAACAAAUAGCUGAUGAUCCUGAGCAAGACCCUGCCUAUACUUUUGUUAUUCACUCCGAGCAGACAGUCCUCAACACCUCCUGGCCAUUCAGUGCGCCCCUCCGCCACUCUCCAUCUUGCAUCGUUAACAUUGAUGGCCAGCCCAUCUUUGUACUUGUCGAUUCUGGUGCUUCUGCAAACCUGCUUGAUGAAACGACCUACAAUUCCAUCACCCAUAACACGCGACUCUCUGCCAUGUUAAACCCUCCCACCACCAAAAUAUACUCCUAUGGCUCCACCACUCCUUUACCUCUACUCGGAAGUUGGUCCACCUCUGUUCGUUAUAAGUCCACAACCGUUAAUGCUACGUUCCACGUCACAAAAGGCAACAGUGGCAAUCUUCUCAGUUGCACUACCGCCCAACAACUCAACCUAUUAACCCUUAACGUUAAUUCCACCAUGUCUGGUCAAACCAUCCUCCAUGCCUUCCCUCAUCUGUUUGACGGCAUUGGCCAGGUUAAAGGAAAAGAAAUCAAGCUCCAUAUCUCAAACACUGUAACCCCAAAGCAACAGCCACAAAGCCGCAGUCAUUUCCACGUACGCAAAGACGUUGAGCAAUGACGCCAAAUUUUAGAAUAUAUUCAACUUUUUCUCUUUUUCCCGUUUGAAUGUUUGGCGAAGCCGUGAGUAUAAAUAUAUGAUUGUUUCGGUCUGUGUAAUGUUUUGACGGCACUUGACCCCCCGUUCGAAAGGUUAUAUUGUGAGGAUUUCAAUGGUGGCAUUUAUUUAAUAGGGGGGUAAAUACUCGCCGAUAUAUUUAUAUUAGAAAAAUUGUAUCGAAAUGUAAUACGAAACCGGUUGUCGAGAAAGAGUUGAAAAGCAAAGCGUCUAAAACAAAUAUAACUUAAAAUACUCUCGCUUUUAAAAACUCAUUCAGUUGGUAAAGACAGCAACAAACAAAUAA